UAACACAACCGGAUGUGGCGUCGCGGGGUCUUGUUGGCAGUGGGCGGGGCCUGCGAGCCUGUCGGAGAAGAAUGUAAACAGCUAGAAUGAUUGUCCAGUAGCUAACGUCAGCGCUGGCAGCGGACCCGCAGCCCCCCGUCGGUCUGGCAGGCCACAUACAUUGGAAAUGAUUGGUCUGUUUAGCUGCCCUUUUUUUAACCUCUAUUAGUAAAGAUGUGGGCGUGACCAGCAUUUGAGACUGUGGUCGUGCUCCAGUAAAAUGUUAGUAAAUAGUGGCCACACCUGCUAAAAAAACCCCAGCAGUUUUAGAGGUGUUCAGUUGCAGCUUUGUCCUUGUUUUUCUUAGUGGUUUGUGGCGAUCAUGUCUUCUAAGCUCCAGAUUUUGGCUUCUACAUUCACCCUUUUUACAAAGUCCAUCUGAAGGAAACUCCACCCUUCAAGGACGAGCUUUUACUGCUUCUCUCCCACCAUUUUUUGGUGAAGACACCAUUGUCCUGUAAAGGCUUGGCAUCUUGUUUCAGCCAGUCAUGGCGGAAUCCAGCUCCCAGCCUGCAGCGACAGCAGACGUCCUGAUUGAUCGCAGCCUGGAUGAGUCGUCUCUUGACACAGAAAGCGUCUCCAAAGAACGGAUUGUAAACAUGACAAUGGAGGGAGCCGGCGCCUUAAGGAACCAGACGUCAGCGGCAGGACUGGUGUUUGGUGACAGGCCUUUUGCCGCUAGAGUCGCAGAGGAGGAGGAGGAGGCCACGCCCACACCGCCAGAGUCAUCGCCGAGCCAGUCGUCUGAAAACGAGACGCUGACUCUCAUAACCACCACAGAAGAAAGAACGCUUUCAGGGCUGCUCAGGCGGGUUAAGACGGACGGGAGAGCCGACCCGGAUGGAGCUGCAGAUGUGAACAUGGAGGAGAGCUCCUCGGUGAUGACCGAAGGCGGCUCCGACGACCAGCGCGACUCCACCGACUCCGCCUCCUUCUCCAUCCAGAGCCUGGAGUUUUCCGACGGCCUCCCAGCGGCGGGGAGCUCUCUGGACAUAGAGGACGGCUUGUCGUCGUCCUGCCCCGCUGUGGGGGUGGAGAGCUCCUCGAUGUCCACGGAUGUUCCCAGUCUGAAGGAGGAUGAAGCUCCGGAAGCUGCAGGGGGCGCUGUUUUCUCUGCGGCCGCUCCUCCUGUUCCUCAUACUGACGCAGCUGCAGCUGCUGCAGAACCCAGACCCGCCAUGCCGGCGUAUUACCUGGUGAAGUGGAUCACAUGGAAGGAGAAGAAGACUCCCAUCAUCACCCAGAGUGAAAAUGGACCCUGCCCCCUGCUGGCCAUUAUGAACACGCUGUUUUUACGCUGGAAGGCUAAGCUACCUGCUCAGACUGAAAUGGUCACAACUGAAGAACUGAUGGCUCACCUGGGAGACUGUGUCUUAUCAGUCACGCCGAGAGAAAAGACGAACGGCAUGGAGCUCAACUUCCAACAGAACAUGAGUGACGCCAUGGCGGUGCUGCCCAAACUCUCCACGGGUCUGGAUGUGAACGUUCGUUUCACCGGAGUCUCAGACUUUGAAUACACGCCCGAAUGCAUCGUGUUUGACCUGCUGGACAUCCCGCUGUACCACGGCUGGCUGGUCGACCCGCAGAGUCCAGAGAUGGCGGCUGCUGUGGGGAAGCUGAGCUACAACCAGCUGGUGGAGAAAAUCAUCGACUACAAACAUUCUGCAGAAAGCAGUCGAGUCAGUGAAGGUCUGGUGGCGGAGCAGUUCCUGGAGUCCACGGCCACCCAGCUGUCGUAUCACGGUCUGUGCGAGCUCAACACCACCGCCAAGGAGGGAGAGAUUUCUGUCUUCUUCAGAAACAACCACUUCAGUACCAUGAUCAAACACAAGGGACACCUGUACCUCCUGGUGACGGACCAGGGCUUCCUGCAGGAGGAGCGCGUGGUUUGGGAGUCUCUUCACAACGUGGAAGGAGACGGAAACUUCUGCGACUCCGACUUCAGACUGUGCCACCCUCCUCAGAGGACGGCGGCCAGCGCCCAGCUGCAGCCCAGCGUGCAGGAGCAGCAGAGGCAGAUCGACCAGGAUUACCUGGUGGCAGUGUCCCUGCAGCAGCAGCAGGGCGACGCCCCCGGACCCCUCAGUGACCUGGAGCUGGCGCGACAGCUGCAGCAGGAGGAGUACCAGAACCAGCAGCAGCCGCCGCCGCCGCAGCAGCAGGGACCAGCGCAGACCGCACAGCAGGUCAGAGGUCAGGGGUCACAGCAGCCCAGGAGGCGAGAGAAGGACUCGGACUGCGUGGUUCUGUAAACGCCGCACGGCCGAAGCCGCCUGAUGCCAAACCCGCAGUGCUUUCGUCUCUCAGGACACGCUUCUGUCGGAGAAGGAGGAGCAUCUAACCGACCUUUGAAGGGCUUUCCAGGGAUCCUCAAGUGUAAACGUCAUCACCUGCUGCUCGUAGACGGUUCUGCUGACAGGAAAUUAUUCAAGGCAGAAUCCAGAAAGAAAACAGAAGCGGACGCUCUCAUUGUCUGAGCUGCGGCCUUCCAGGGACCAAGGAGUCGUCUAUUUAUUUAGAUUCUUUUCCGCUUUAGGAGAAAAUGUUCCCCACGGUUUUCUAAAAAGCUCUCAGGCCAGAAUCCCCGUCUCACCUUAGAGGGUUUGCCAAAGAUCACAGGGCUUUACAGGCGGAGACACGGAGAGGAACGCGGCGGACAAAUGAUUCAAAGAUGAAGCCAAACGAAGCUCGUUAGACGCGUCUCCUCCGCUAUCGGGACGAUGCAAGCUUUGCUUUUUUUGUUAAAGUAUAUGUAACUGUUCUGGAACGGGAUGCCAAUAAAGUUUUGGUGUUAAUGCACCAGUGUA